UCCCCACCUCCUCGCCGUCUCCAUCACCAACACUCACUUCACAAUCCCCAACCUGCGAACUCUUCUCCGAAGCAGAGCAGAUUGCCAUGGACGCCUCAGGCACUGCAGCCGUCGGCAAGGCGAAGAAGGGAGCGGCCGGGCGCAAGGCCGGCGGUCCCAGGAAGAAGUCGGUGAGCAGGUCCGUCAAGGCCGGCCUCCAGUUCCCUGUCAGCCGCGUCGGCCGUUACCUCAAGAAGGGCCGGUACGCGCAGCGGGUCGGCACCGGCGCCCCCGUGUACCUCGCCGCCGUGCUCGAGUACCUGGCCGCGGAGCUGCUGGAGCUCGCCGGGAACGCCGCCAAGGACAACAAGAAGUCCCGCAUCAUCCCGCGCCACCUGCUGCUCGCCAUCCGGAACGACGAGGAGCUCGGGAAGCUGCUCGCCGGCGUCACCAUCGCGCACGGAGGCGUGCUGCCCAAGAUCCACUCCGUGCUUCUCCCGAAGAAGACGGUGGAGAAGGAGGCCAAGUCGCCGAAGAAGGCUGCCAAGUCCCCCAAGAAGGCCGCCAAAUCCCCAAAGAAGGCUUAGAUGCGCGCACCGAUUUGACUUACGCUCUGUGUAGUGCUUCAGAUUAGUGUUUGCUUCUGGCUAUACCUGUCAAUGUAAUGUUUGUCUUCUGUGCUGCUAAGGAAAAUUGUCAGAAAUCUCUCUGAUUUGCAUAAA